AUGAUGUCGAGAAACGUUCUGCGCCAAUCCGGCCGUAUCGCCGGUGCCCUUUCAGCACCUCGCCGAGUUGCUGCGUCUCGUGUCGUCACCCCUGCACCCUUCAAUGCGGCUUCAAAACAGGUCCGAACGUACGCUGCCGAUGCCAAAGCCUCUCCUACCGAAGUUUCUUCCAUCUUGGAGCAAAGAAUUCGCGGUGUACAAGAAGAAGCCGGCCUCGCUGAGACGGGCCGUGUUUUGUCCGUCGGUGACGGUAUUGCUCGUGUCUAUGGCAUGAGCAAUGUCCAGGCCGAAGAACUGGUGGAAUUUGCCUCUGGCGUCAAGGGAAUGUGCAUGAACUUGGAAGCUGGUCAAGUCGGUGUCGUGCUUUUCGGUUCUGAUCGUCUUGUCAAGGAAGGAGAAGCCGUCAAGCGUACCGGCCAGAUUGUCGACGUACCAGUCGGCGAGGCUAUACUUGGUCGUGUGGUUGACGCUCUUGGGAACCCAAUUGAUGGAAAGGGCCCAAUCAAGACCACCGAGAGACGUCGCGCCCAAUUGAAGGCUCCGGGUAUCCUCCCUCGACGAUCCGUCAACCAGCCUGUCCAAACCGGCCUCAAAUCUGUGGACGCCAUGGUGCCGAUUGGCCGUGGCCAACGCGAAUUGAUCAUCGGUGAUCGUCAAACUGGAAAGACGGCCGUUGCUCUUGACGCCAUGUUGAACCAAAAGAGAUGGAACAACGCUGGUGAUGAAACCAAGAAACUCUACUGUGUCUACGUGGCCGUGGGUCAAAAGCGAUCCACUGUCGCUCAGCUCGUCAAGACUCUGGAGGAGAACGAUGCCAUGAAGUAUUGCAUUGUCGUGGCUGCCACCGCUUCCGAAGCCGCUCCCCUCCAAUAUAUUGCUCCUUUCACGGGCUGUGCCAUGGGUGAAUGGUUCCGUGACAACGGCAAGCACGCUCUUAUCAUUUACGACGACUUGACCAAGCAGGCCGUCGCUUAUCGACAAAUGUCUCUUUUGCUCCGUCGUCCUCCUGGGCGUGAAGCUUAUCCCGGUGAUGUCUUCUACCUCCACUCCCGUCUCUUGGAGCGUGCCGCCAAGAUGAACGACAAGCACGGUGGUGGCUCUUUGACUGCUCUUCCCGUCAUUGAGACCCAGGGUGGUGAUGUGUCUGCCUACAUUCCCACCAACGUCAUUUCCAUCACGGAUGGUCAGAUCUUCUUGGAAGCCGAAUUGUUUUACAAGGGUGUUCGUCCCGCCAUCAACGUCGGUCUUUCCGUGUCCCGUGUCGGCUCUGCCGCUCAGCUCAAGGCCAUGAAACAGGUCGCCGGUUCCCUGAAACUCUUUUUGGCUCAGUACCGAGAAGUCGCUGCCUUCGCUCAAUUUGGUUCCGAUCUCGAUGCCGCCACCAAGCAGACCCUGAACCGUGGUGAGCGUUUGACCGAACUUUUGAAGCAAAAGCAAUAUUCUCCUAUGGCCGUCAACGAAAUGGUUCCUCUCAUCUAUGCUGGUGUCAACGGCCACUUGGACGGCGUGCCAGUCAACAAGAUCUUGCAAUGGGAGUCUGACUUCCUUGCCCACUUGAAGAGUGACCAGGCCGAGCUCCUGUCGAGAAUCGACAAGGAGGGACAGUUGAGCAAGGAUCUUGAGCAACAACUGAAAGAAGUUGUCAUUAACUUCACCAAGAGCUUCUCAUAG